AUGAAGGCCAUGGAGGAUCAAGUAGUCCAAGAAGAACCAGGAUACCAGGAUGAUGAGGAAUCCUUUUUUCAGGAUAUUGACCUGCUACAGAAGCAUGGAAUUAAUGUAGCAGAUAUUAAAAAACUGAAGUCAGUUGGGAUCUGCACGAUCAAAGGAAUCCAGAUGACCACAAGACGGGCACUGUGCAAUGUAAAAGGGCUUUCAGAAGCCAAAGUGGACAAGAUUAAAGAAGCCGCAAACAAGCUUAUUGAACCAGGCUUCCUGACCGCCUUUGAGUACAGUGAAAAACGGAAGAUGGUAUUUCAUAUUACUACUGGGAGCCAGGAAUUUGAUAAACUUCUGGGUGGUGGGAUUGAAAGCAUGGCCAUCACUGAGGCCUUUGGAGAGUUCCGGACAGGCAAAACCCAGCUAUCUCACACCCUUUGUGUGACAGCUCAGCUUCCAGGACCAAAUGGUUACACAGGUGGAAAGAUUAUCUUCAUUGAUACUGAAAACACUUUCCGACCAGACCGUCUUCGUGACAUUGCUGAUCGCUUCAAUGUUGACCAUGAUGCAGUACUUGACAAUGUGCUGUAUGCACGUGCAUAUACUAGUGAACAUCAGAUGGAAUUGCUUGACUAUGUAGCAGCCAAGUUCCACGAGGAAGCUGGUAUCUUCAAGCUAUUGAUCAUUGACUCCAUAAUGGCACUUUUCCGUGUGGAUUUCAGUGGUCGUGGGGAGUUGGCUGAACGACAACAGAAACUUGCUCAGAUGCUGUCAAGGCUCCAAAAAAUAUCAGAAGAGUAUAAUGUGGCCGUGUUUGUGACCAACCAGAUGACUGCUGAUCCAGGAGCAACUAUGACCUUUCAGGCAGACCCAAAAAAGCCCAUUGGGGGCCACAUCCUUGCUCAUGCUUCGACUACCAGGAUUAGUUUGAGGAAAGGGAGAGGGGAGCUGCGUAUUGCAAAGAUAUACGACAGCCCUGAGAUGCCUGAAAACGAAGCCACAUUUGCAAUAACUGCUGGAGGGAUUGGGGAUGCCAAAGAAUAGGCAGAAAACUGAUGUAAACGUACAGCUGAAAACCACCGGGGCAGUUGGGAUGAAGGUUUGUGCAAGGUCACCGACCGCCUGGCUGCAUUUCUAUCUUUUGGGAACCAUUUGAGAUGUUUUGGGAGAACACAGGG